GACCGCUUCAGCAACCCCAGCUCGUUUUAGUUUACUCGCUGAUCUCAAACACGCCAGAGCCUUACAGACCAGUACUCGUAGUGGGCUUCUAGGCUGCGGGCGUUUGGAACAAAAGAAAUAAUAAGAAUACAAGCGACCGAAAUGAAAAAGCACAUUCAAUUGUGAAAAAAGUGUAUGGCAAAAAAUUUUGCAUAAAAAGAAUUUCUAAUUGAAUUAUAUGUGGAGUUACGGGCUGUAACGAAAAAAAAGUGAAGUUCAAUCAAAGUUUCGCAUUUUUAGUGCGCAUAAAUUUUUACUUGCUAUAUCUAUUAGUAUAUAGUAUGCAUGUAUGCAUUCUGCUUAAAAAUCUGUGUAUGACUAAAUCAAGCUCAAUCUUUUUGGGCGACGUUUUGCGCAUUUGAAAAAGUUUUGCGGUUUUUACAACUUCAGGAACUACAAGAAAAUGUUUUAAAAAAUUGUAUAACAGUUUUGAAACUUAAAAACAGCAACGUUGCAGCUUUGGAAUAUCUCGAAAGUGCAAACUCUUGGUGUGUCGUGCAAUAGUCUCGCCGAAAACUAAAGCGAAAAUUGCAAUUUGUGAACAAAAUUAAAAAUAAAAAUCAACAAAAGGGAAAAUUGCACGCAAUACGCUGCACUUGAGCUUCCUCCCACACAGUCAUUGGCGCCUACUCAAAUCAAAGCGUUGUGCAUCAUACACACAAAACAAUACUAAACCCUACCGUUUGCUGGCCCAUACAUAUCAUGCAAAAGUUUUAGUGAAGAAAGCAAAAAAAAAACAAAUUUUUGAAAAAAAUGUGCAAUAAGCAGCAACAAUUGCGCUAUUAAUAUCGGUAGUCGCAGCCAACCAGGCAGCAAGCUUUUAGUUGCAAACAAUCACAGCAAGGAUUUUUCGCGAAAGCCAGAGCGCGCAGUACUGCAAAAGGAUUAACGGAAAAGAUUUGCGCAAAUUGGAAUUGAGUCGCUCGCAGCACAAAAUUUGCAAUAUUCGACGCCUGUGAAUAUGCAUUAAAACUCUUUAAAUAGAUCAAAACUUAACAAAAUAACCGUUUUUAUAACGGUUAUAGCACUUGUUCGAAAAGUAUUGCCCUAAGUUCAAACGCAACACAGCGAAAACAAAAUGUCCUCCUCCAAUACAGAUGUGCCCCGUAUUAUGGUCUUUCGACCAACUUGGGAAGAAUUCAAAAAUUUUCCCAAAUACGUGGCCUUCAUGGAAUCUCAGGGCGCACACAAAGCUGGUUUGGCGAAAGUGGUGCCACCACCAGAAUGGGUACCACGUCGAAGUGGUUAUGAGGAUUUGGAUGCGCUCAAAAUUACUAUACCGGCGCCGAUUUGUCAGGUUGUCACCGGCAAACAGGGUCUCUACCAACAAAUCAAUAUACAAAAGAAGCCGCUCACAGUGAAGCAAUUCAGUGAGCUAGCAUCCACGGAGCGCUAUCAAACGCCCAAACAUUUUGAUUAUGAAGAUCUCGAGCGUAAAUAUUGGAAAAAUAUUACGUAUGUGGCGCCGAUCUAUGGUGCGGAUGUUAGUGGUAGCAUCACAGAUACGGAUCAGGAUAGCUGGAAUAUAAAUCGCCUUGGCACAAUUCUCGACUUUGUCAACGAAGAUUAUGGCAUACAAAUUGAUGGUGUGAAUACAGCGUAUUUAUAUUUUGGCAUGUGGAAGACCACAUUCGCCUGGCAUACUGAAGAUAUGGAUCUCUAUUCAAUAAACUAUUUGCACUUUGGCGCACCGAAAACGUGGUAUGUCGUGCCACCCGAACACGGUCGCAAAUUGGAGAAGGUCGCGAAUCAAUACUUUCCAGCGAGCUAUCAAAAUUGCAAUGCUUAUUUACGGCAUAAAAUGACAUUGAUAAGCCCGCAAGUGUUGAAGCAGCACGAUGUGCCAGUGAGUAAAAUAACACAAGAGGCUGGUGAGAUAAUGAUCACAUUUCCUUUCGGCUAUCAUGCGGGCUUCAAUCAUGGUUUCAAUUGUGCCGAAUCAACGAAUUUUGCCAUGGAACGAUGGAUAGAAUAUGGAAAACGUGCCGUUCAAUGUACCUGCAGCAACGACAUGGUUAAGAUCUCCAUGGAUACAUUUGUGAAACGCUUCCAGCCCGAACGCUAUCAGGCGUGGUUGGAGGGCAACGAUGUUGGCAGACAUCCCGAAGAUCCGCCUAGUGUUAUAACCGCCGCACCAUUGCCCUCACAUGUAGAUGUUAUUUGCAAUAAGAAUUAUGGGGCUGACAAUUUACCUAUGCACGUAUUACAAAGAAUGAAGAAACAAUGCAAUCCGACAAAGAAGAAGUCCUUCAAGGAGCGUAAUCCAGAUUUGAAUUUAGAAGAGAUCCAACAGAAUCCUAAUAUACCCGAUGAAGUUAAGGCUGUGCUAAAAGAGAGUGUACUAACACUGGAAGCUGAGGACGAGGAGCCAGCCAUAAUCGGCGAUGGCGAAGCUGAGGUGUUGAGUCAAUUAAGCCCAGCCAAUUUGAAAACGAAAAAGGAAUUGUUAGACUACAUCGAUGAUGGUACAGACGAAGACGAAGAGGAGGAGUUCCGUAAACGUCGUCAUAAGCGCAAAUAUCAUUCCGACUAUGAUGACGAUUGGUUUGCCAGCAAGAGGCGUGCAAAUUCGCGCAAUAGCAUCAAAGGUCGCAGUCCGCGCAAUAGCAAUAAGGAUGAUCGGUCCAUAUCGCCGGCGUCAUCAUCAUCGUCAUCGUCGCGCGCACGCCGUCAGCCAUGCACGACGCCCGGCAAAACGCCGCGUAAGACGCCAAAUCGUAAAAAGAAAGACAAUGGCGCUGCAUCCGCCGCAAUAACACCUAAAGCCGCUGCAACAACGCCUAAAGCUGCUGCAACGACACCUAAAGCCGCUGCAACGCCGCCUAAGGGCACUGCAACAACGCCUAAAGCCACCGUAGCUGCGGCUUCUGCAGUAGCAGCAGCACCAGAAGCAGUAGCGAACCUGCUGAAGACCGCUGCUGCAGUUUCACAAGCACUGCGCAGUGGGCGAAGUAAUGGUAUUAGUGGCGUCGGCGAUGGCAAUAGCAACGGCGAUGGCGAUGGUGAUGGCGGCAGCGUGAGCGUGGGCGUCAGUGUCAUUGGCAACAUCUGCACCAGUGACAACAUCAGCGAGAGUUCACCUUCGAGCACAACUACUAUCAAUGAAACAGCAGCUGAUGAGGCGCCAUCUGUGGCCGUACCUGUGGCAGCCGUAGUAGCUGCUGCUGAUGAGGCGCCAUCUGUGGCCGUACCCGUGGCAGCCGUAGUAGCUGCUGCUGAUGCGGCGGGAGGUUUUACUAAAAACCAAACAAUAAGCAAUACCAACAACCAAAACGAAUACAAACAGAACAACAAAAACAAAAAUAACAAGAACAAAAACAACCAAAUCAGUAACGAUCUUAUUGACAACACGAAUUUUCCCUUCCAACAACCAACACUACCACCACCAACCCCCAUAAAACGAAAAGUUGGCAGACCACCAAAAUAUCCAGUAAAAACACUCGAUUCAUCAGAGACCCCAACUAGGCCAAAACCUAUUAGAAAACCAAGAAAAACAAAAUCUGCACAAACACCAGCAUCAAUUCCCAAACCCUCAGCAACAUCACCAUUACCAUCAUCAUUGCUCGCAUCUCCCACAAUCAGUGAGAACGCCAUAGAUUAUUCCAGUCCAACUACAACAACGCCAUAUUCAUUAUCAGCCACAUCAACAACAACAACAACUGAUAAUACACAAAUAAAGACCGCUACACAAGCCAUACACAGCACACCACCACCACCAACAAUAACCACACCUACCACAGAGCCACAAUGUAGCAACAGCAACAACAACAAUAGUUUAGCAACCAACUGGCCUCCAAUGCCUCCACCAUCAUCCAUGAAUAAGCCUAUCAAUAUGGGCAUCAUUGGUGGCAGUGGUGGCGGAGGCGGCGGCGGUAGCUGUGGUAGCUUUGGUGACAAGUACAACAACAAGAGUCAAGUGGGCGCAGUCACCAGUACAGGCAAUGGCGGCGUUAAUUUCACCCUCAACAACAACAAUAAUUCUGCGAAUAAUUUCGUUGAUGAAUUUACUGAUUUUGUUUUGAGUGAUCGCUUUUCCGGUAAACUAACCACUACAAAUUGCUUUUCCUCCUUUCAAACACCAACACCGAAAUCUGCUUCUGUUACAUUACCAUUACAACCACCACCACCACCACCACCACCACCACCACUAUCAUCAUUGCAACCGCCAUUGAAAACACGUGGACCCUCCACGCAACGUAGGACUAUCACCGCCGGAGGUGAGGCAGGCGGCACGAUCGUGAGGAAUGGCAACAAUACGGUCAUCACCAGCGCCGCCAAAAAGAAAUCGGCGAUACAGCCGCGCACAGUGCAACUGCUGGUAACGCGUCGUCCCAUCAUCACCACCGCCAGCAAUAGUAAUACACAAAUCUUUGCCGCCACCAAUACCAACGCAGCUGCCACACAAACAGCUACUAUUGUUGCGCCCGGCAUGCUUAAGAUUACAUCAACGGGGCAAACAAACCAAAACAACAACAACAGCCACAUUUUACAUACCUCUGCCGGUACCGAAACCGUGGUCAUUGAGGAGGAGGAUGACGAGCUAAUAACAGCUGCAGUAGAGGCAAGUGGUGACGAUGACUCGAAUUCAGUCAGCUCAAUUGCUAUGUCGACGACUACCGCGCAAAUUUUACGCAAGUUCCGCAUACCCAAAGGCACCGCGCUCACGGCAAAAAUGAGCGCCGCCGAAGUGGCAGACAACUCGUCAGAGGCGCUGAUCUGCAGCGCAUCAACAUCACCGGCGCCAUCACCAUUACAUUCCACUACCCGUUCGCCACCACCGCCAGCGGAUACACCGAGCUCGGUCGAUUUGGUUGAGGAAGUAAUCGAAACAGAUGAGAACUCAACAUGUCAAUCAACCGAUGCGCUAAUGGUGGCAGACACCACCACUACUACAACCGAUACCAUGAACGAUGACUGCAAUGCGGAAGUCGUGGAUGACACUGAUGCCGGCACAACCACCACAGUUUUAGUGCCAGUGAGUAGCAGUGGUGGCGCGUUGACAGGAGCGACCGCAACAGCGCUGCCACAAAUCCAGCUGCAAACAGUGCAACCGAAUGGCACUGUUACCUGCAUUAAUUUGCCACCUAAUACGAUUUUACUCACCGCUCCGGAUGGUUCUACUAUACUUGCUACAGCGACGCCGCAACAGCUGAGCAAACUGACGCAGCAGCAACAACCGCAGCCACAAGCCCAGCAGCAGCAGCAGCAACAAAUUAUUGCGAUACAAGAUUGGAAUGGUAAUGGCGGUGGCGCUAACGGCGAUAGUGCAAGCGGUGUUGGUGGCAAUACCGCCACUGUGUUGCAAGCGGUACAAGCGGCCGCAUCACAUCACCAUCAAGCAACUGCUACAGCGCAAACGUUGCUGCUUACCGCCGAUGGCACUGCAAUACCAUUAAUUCAAUCUGCACCCAACGCUGUCACGAGCGCUGCCAGUGGAACGUCGAACUCAGCGGCGGCAGCAGCGGCGGCCGCAGCGCAGAUUGUCGCUGCUCAGCAGGCCGAGGCGCUGAAGGCUCAAGUGCUGGCGUAGGGUUUGGCCGGUGGCCAAUUAGGGCGAUUUUUGAACAAUGCAACAAUUUUACCGACGACGUACUUUUUCUAAAAGCAAAGCCGCUAGCAAGGUAAUGUUAGAAAGAGUUUAUAAGUAUUUUGUAAUUUUAACUUACAUAGAUAUGUGUGUAAAUAGUUCUAGUUUUAUGUGCGAGUAUGUUAAGUAUACGAAAUUGGUUUGGCAUUGAAGUCCUUUGUGUUGUUUGUCUUAAAUGAAAUUAGUAAUUCACCAAUCUAUGUUUUAAUUGAUUUUCUUAACAU